UCGAAAUCAGAAAAUGGUUCCAGAAGAUCAACAAACAAAAAUGUCUCACUCACUCACUCUCAUUCUCACUCUCACUCAAUCAAACUCAAACUCAAUUUCACACCCCAAAACUCCCUUUCUCUCUCUCUCACAAUUUCAGAUUCGAAUUCCAAUACCUUUUGCUUCAACUCAACCUUGAGCGCUUCCAAAGCUCAACUAUGCUCCUUCAUCUUCAUCAUCAUCCACUUCUCUACGAUUCCAUUGCCACCAAAGCUUCUCUGAUCGCUUCAGUUAUGUCCAACAACACUUCUCGUUCUUGCAUUGGACCUUCUCAUGUCUCCGAAAUGAGCAGAUUGAAAUUAAGUAAGCAAGCAUCAGGUGGCAAUGCACCCGGACUUUCCAGUAAGACAGGGAGCCAUGUAAAGCAUUGGACAACAAAUGUUUAUGGUCAGCGUGCCCAAGAACGUGUACUUGAGGUAGAAGCCCCUCAAGUGUCUGAGACCACACCAUCAAUUAAAAUUUUCCCAGGUCAAGCAUUUCCACUGGGUGUAUCAGAAGUUGAGAGUGGGAUCAACUUUGCUAUUUUUUCACAGCAUGCUUCUGCUGUCACCCUUUGCUUAUCAUUUCCUGAGAGGUGGGAUGGUAAAAUGAUGGAACUCACUUUGGAUCCUCAUGUGAACAAAACAGGAGACAUUUGGCACAUAUGUAUUGAGGAUUUGCCUCGGAGUAAUGUUCUCUAUGGUUAUCGCAUAGAUGGUCCUCGUGAUUGGCAUCGAGGUCAUCGAUUUGACAGCAGCAUUGUGCUUUUAGAUCCUUAUGCAAAGCUAGUUGAGGGUCGCCGAUAUUUUGGAGAUGCGAGCAAAAAGUUUUCUAAUUUUCUUGGAACUUAUGAUUUUGAGAGCUUGCCCUUUGACUGGGGAGAGACCUACAAGCUUCCAAAUAUACCCGAGAAAGAUCUUGUUAUAUAUGAAAUGAAUGUUCGUGCAUUUACAUUUGAUGAAUCUAGUGAGUUGGAUCCAAAGAUACGAGGGAGCUACCUUGGUGUGAUUGAGAAGAUACCACAUCUUCUAGAACUUGGUAUCAAUGCAGUGGAGUUGCAGCCUGUUUUUGAAUUUGAUGAGUUUGAGUUUCAAAGGCGGCCAAAUCCUAGAGAUCACCUGAUCAAUACCUGGGGCUAUUCGACAAUAAAUUUCUUUGCUCCUAUGAGUCGCUAUGCUAGUGAUGGUGGAGGACCCCUUAAUGCUUCCCGUGAGUUCAAAGAAAUGGUCAAAGCUUUGCAUGGAGCUGGGAUAGAGGUCAUUUUGGAUGUUGUUUAUAAUCAUACUAAUGAGGCUGAUGAUGCCAACCCUUAUACCACUUCGUUUCGUGGCAUAGAUAAUAAGGUAUAUUACAUGCUGGAUGUAAACAACAAUGGCCAACUGCUGAACUUCUCUGGCUGUGGAAACACAUUAAACUGUAACCAUCCCGUGGUCAUGGAACUGAUUCUUGACAGCUUAAGACACUGGGUUGUUGAUUAUCAUGUGGAUGGAUUCCGGUUUGACCUUACUAGUGUCCUUUGUCGAGGAACAGACGGUUCCCCACUUAAUGCUCCCCCACUAAUUAGGGCAAUUGCCAAAGAUUCUGUCCUAUCAAGGUGUAAGAUUAUUGCUGAACCUUGGGAUUGUGGAGGUCUCUAUCUUGUUGGAAGAUUUCCAAAUUGGGACAGAUGGGCUGAGUGGAAUGGGAAAUACCGUGAUGACAUAAGAAGAUAUAUUAAGGGUGACACUGGUAUGAAGGGGAGUUUUGCAACUCGUGUUUCUGGAUCUGCUGACCUUUACAAAGUGAAUAAGCGCAAACCUUAUCAUAGUGUCAAUUUUGUCAUUGCACAUGAUGGCUUCACACUGUAUGAUCUUGUUUCAUACAACUUCAAGCACAAUGAUGCCAAUGGAGAACGUGGAAAUGAUGGAGGCAAUGAUAAUUUUAGCUGGAAUUGUGGUUUUGAAGGAGAAACUGAUGAUAUCAGAAUCAAAUCUUUACGCUCCCGGCAAAUGAAAAACUUCCAUUUGGCAUUAAUGAUAUCUCAGGGAACACCAAUGAUGCUAAUGGGGGAUGAAUAUGGGCACACUCGCUAUGGAAAUAACAAUAGUUAUGGGCAUGAUACUACUAUUAACCAUUUCCAAUGGGGACAGUUGGACACACGGAAGAGUAGUCUUUUCAGAUUUUUUGCAAAGGCCAUUCAAUUUCGCCAAACACAUCAUGUAUUUCAUCGGGAAAAUUUUCUCAACAAAGGUGAUGUGACGUGGCAUGAAGACAAUUGGGGCAACUAUGAAAGCAAAUUUCUCGCAUUUACGCUUCAUGACAAUAAUGGAGGAGACAUCUAUUUGGCAUUCAAUGCUCAUGACUAUUCUGUUAGAGCCUCGAUACCCCGACCUCCAGUAAACAAGAGUUGGUUUCGUGUGGUAGACACUAAUCUUGAGUCUCCUGAUGACUUUGUCACUGAUGGCGUCCCAGGCAUUGGAAGCACCUAUAAUGUUGCUCCCUACUCCUCAAUUCUUCUUGAAGCAAAGUUAUGAGAUGAUAUCAGGAGCUACUUGCUAAUGAAGUUCUCAAACAGUCUGUUCUGAUCUGGAUGUCAAUUGGUACGUGAAGGAAGAUUCAGGUUCCAUGCAUCCAGGACAUCGUUGGAACUAAAGAUGUGGAUGAUACAAUGCCAUGGAAGGAAUGCAGGCAUGCAUUAAUCCCAAAGUAGAAUUUUCAGUAAGCGAGCAUAUAGUUCGUUAUUGUAUUAUUCUCUUCGAGAGGAAGAAAGUAUAACCUUGUACCAAAAUAAAGAAACAACUUAGAACUUGGCAAAUCUUAUUUAGGAUAUAACCUUGUAUCAACAUAAAGAAACAAGUUAGAACUUGGCAAUCUUACUUAGGAUACGCUUAAUUAUGUUGAUACACCAAUCAUGACUACCAACAUGGUUGGUUGGUCUAAUAAGUUACACAAAAUAAUCAACAUGGUUGGUUGGUCUAAUAAGUUAUACAAAAUUAUAAGUGAUGUAUCUUUCAUAUUUCAUAAAUUACUGCAGACCAUUUCUCUUC